ACCAGAGUGAGAAUCACAACCACAGCGCCUACCGCCCAAUACGAGGGCACCCUUUUCACCGCAGACCCGACUUUGAGCCUAGUCGUUAUCAAUACUCGCGCUCAGCAGCAGACCACGCAGACAGGAGACUACACCGUCAUUCCAUUCGGCAGAAUCGACAAGUUCGCUGUUCUUUCCGCACCCCUGGAAGCUGGUCUCGCAAGCGCCCUCCUACCUAUUGGACCGGUAGACCACAAAUUUCUUGAGCAACGGGAGAGGAAGAGGAUCGAAGAGCUCAAAGCAGAGAAACUGCAUAAAAACCAGCAUGUCAGCGCGGAGGGACAGGCGAUUUAUGACGCCUUGAGGAGAGUCAAUGUUCCAGUCCGCUGGCACAAUACGCAGAUCAUUGCUCACGAAGCCGUGAUCAUUAAAGAGCCAUACGACGUCGCAGACUGUACUGCAGCUGCUGGCAAACAGGAUGUCUUGAACCGGACGAAGAAGGUAUUGGAAGGCGAGAAGAGGAAGCUCAGAGAGAGGCAGGAUAGCCAGAGGAAGACUGCGACGCCGACUGGACCACGCAAAGGUGGCUGA